AGCUUGCGUCUGCAGAAUUGGUACCUAUUUAGUGCUUACCGGCCUAGUAUUGGAUAUAACCACACGUGUGUGGCCACAUGUAUGUGGCUGUAUACACUGCCUAUAACAUAAAAACUUUCUUACCACUUAUCACCAGCAUUUGAUAGUAGCCUAGGCCUAGGGCUAGGCUAUAGAUUUCGGCCGAAUCGUGUUUUUGGGAACCACUCGUAGAUUUGUGUACGCGCACUUGUGUACGAAGUGAGUGGAGGUGGAAGUGGAAAUGGGGAACAGUGCGUGUGACUGAAUAAAGCACUGCUGUAUGAAGUGAACGGUGGUUCCCAAUAUCACGAUAAUGCCUAGAUUUCUAGAUCUUGAGCCUUUUAAGUAACAAAUUUAUCAUUAAUAAAAGACAUAAAUAGGUUUGUCAGAAAGUUGUACUCACAGGUACGGUAACCACUGAGGACAACUUCCAAGUUGAGUGAUGUUCUCCAAGUUGAGUGAUGUUCCAGCUGGAGCUUUUCAACAUACCUACCGUGAAACCGAUUACGGUAUGUUGUUUACGUUUCAGCAGCGCCGCACACACAUGCAUAUAAUGCAGCCAGCGCAUGAGUUUCCAAUUUGAAGGAGAUUGUUUCUAUGAAGAAGCAACAAUGAAAGAAUUUUGUGAAUGGUGUCGACAUAACUCCAGUGAUUCUGAUCUUUCACCCGAAGUAUUCCCUCGUGUAGAGUUGGACCGGGAUAAUAAAGCAAGAGACCUCACUGUAGAUGGAUCAUUACAUGUUGACGACAGGGCUCUGUCUACAAGGAAGGGGUCAGGAAAUCCAUUGAUGUUGUACAAGAAAUCUAAUUUCUGGUGCUAUGCAGAUUAUAAACAUAUGAAACAUCUCUUCAAGGAUUCACCUAGUGUUUUGGAAGAUGUGAGGUGGAAAGAUUUAGGCUUUGAUUGUGAUGGCAAUCAAAGUACCAUUUGGAUAGGCAGUGAAGGAGCUAAUACACCUUGUCAUCAGGAUACAUAUGGAUUCAACCUUGUGGCUCAGAUACGAGGCAGGAAAAAGUGGCACUUAUUUCCGCCAUCCCAAACUGAGUUAAUGUACCCUACCAGAAUCCCAUAUGAAGAAUCAAGUGUAUUUAGUCUUGUUAAUGUGAAGUCUCCAGAUCUGAACCAACAUCCAAAAUUUGGUGAAGCCACACCUUAUGAAGUAGUUCUACACCCAGGAGACAUUCUGUUUGUUCCUAAAUUGUGGUGGCACUUUGUAGAGAGCUUGGAUACGUCUAUUAGCAUUAACUGCUGGAUUGAUUUGGAAAGUGACCAUGAAAGUCGCCUUGAUGAGGCCAUUUGUAGGACUCUUGUUUGUGGCUUAAUGUCAGUGGAAGGACAUGAUGAGGAAAAUGAAGAGAGUCAAGGUCAAUGGCUUAAUCCCACUGAGGAGGCUACAAACAGAAGACAGAAUUUGACUUUGCUUAGUCAUGCAGUUAAUACAUUCUGCCAACUGAACUCAAAAACAUCAUGUGAGAUGGAGGAAACAAAUGUGUCAGCAAAUGUGCCAGAAGCAUUGAUCAGUCUAAAACAAACUGAUCCUUUGAGACAUUGUUAUACAACCAAGAGAGAUACCUUAAAGGAACACCUUCAAAGAAAUAUUGGUUCAGAUGAAAGGGAAACAAGAGUAACUAUGGAUGAGAAACCAGUACAACAUGAUGAAGAGGUAGAUUUAGAGAAUACCAAGGGAAUGUCCCUGUACCAACAAACAUUUCAAAGUGAUUGGCCAUCUACCCUUUCAACAGCUCCUAUUACUACAGAUCCCAUUCAUGGUGGCAGUUCAACCCAAGGCCUUCUAACAAAUUCAAACUCCAAUCUUGUGGAGUUAGGUAGUAGGCCGAGUGGAAUCAAGGGAAUGGAUCGAGGGCAAAAUCAGUCGGACUCUGUCAAACGAAUUAAGCUUUGUGAUAAUGUUACCAUACCCGUGAGUGGAAUGAUGGUUGCUAAGCAGUCAGUGUUCUCUGUUCCAUGCAAUGGGUCUGUUACCCAGCUAACUGCAUCAAGACAAGGUAAUGACUGUGCUAAUUUGAAAAUUGAGCAAGAAAUGGGCAUUUCUUCUGGCACUCCUCUGGAGACUUCUGAUUCAUUUGUUGAUGUUACCAUGGCAAUGGUAGUUGAAUGCUUGACACAACCAAAUAUAAUUACUUUACUGAGGAGAGGACUUUUAGAGAAGGUGCAGGAUAAACAAAAAAACCAGGACGCUUCAUGAUAAGAGGAGCAAAAUAAAUUUCAUCAGCCUUAAUAAUUACUGCUAGUAUUACAUGUAUCUCCUGGAACAUGAGAGCUCCUUAUCAUGAAAAAAAUUGCUUUAUUUUUCCACCUAUUUCAUAUUGACUAUUCAGAAGUAAGAAGGAGUUUUACACUGCUAUUUUUAUGACUAGACUAUGUUUAUUAUGCCCCUGCAGACGAAGUCCGGAGGGGGCAUUUAGCAUUGCCCCUGUCCGUCCGUCCCCCCAUUUGGUUUCCGCACAAUUAACUCGAAUAAUAUUUCACGGAUUUCAAUUUUUUUGGUGUGUAUGUAGAUGAUAUUAAAUGCAGGCUAAGUUCAAAUUCAGAGUCUGCAGGUCAAAGGUCACAGCUCAAUAAAUAUGCGAGUUGGUUUCGACAUGAUUACUUAUGAAAUAUUCAACAGA